CAUUACUAUUAUUAUGUAUACUUACACAAGAUUAAAUGCUGUAUUUACGUUUGUUUGCGUGAUUAUGACUUGUUAUAAAGAAAAUAAAGCAAUUAUAGACACAUAACUUCAAAUUUAAAGCAUAAAUGGGUAUUUCAAUCUAAUUUAUUGUCAUCUGAUUCUAUUACGAGGAUUCCUCACGGUUGCUAUAGGGUGCUCUAAACCUUUCCUAGGCAGUGCUGUGUUACAGCGGAUGAAAAGGGAACACAAAUUUGAAAUCGGUAAGUCUGACUCAUCAUCUAUUAUGGGAUCUUUUGUGCAUUCAUGUGACACCUUUGUUGCUCUGCCACCAGCAACAGCCAAUGGAUUUGUUGUAUUUGGAAAAAAUUCUGACAGACCAUCAGAAGAAGUCCAAGAGGUUUUAUAUGUUAAGGCUACUGAUCAUCCUGCUGGAUCUAAACUCCAGUGCACUUAUAUUGAGAUAGACCAGGCUGAACACACUCAUGCUGUCAUCCUGAGUAAGCCUGCAUGGAUGUGGGGGGCCGAAAUGGGAAGUAAUGAACAUGGGGUCUGUAUUGGUAAUGAAGCAGUGUGGACCAAAUUAAAUGGACCACAAGACCACGAAGAAAAACUUCUGGGAAUGGACCUACUAAGGCUUGGUUUGGAGAGGGCUAUAACAGCACGCAAAGCUUUGGAUGUUAUUACCGAACUACUAGAAAAACACGGACAAGGAGGCCCGUGUUCUGACAUUAUACCGUCCAUGACUUACCAUAACAGUUUUAUCAUUGCCGAUCAACGAGAGGCUUGGGUUUUAGAAACUGUUGACAGAUUCUGGGCUGCAGAACAUGUUACAUGUGGAGUGAGAAAUAUUUCCAACCAUCUCUCUAUUGGUAAGAAAAUAGAUCUCAUGAGUAAGAACCUGGAGGAAAAUGCCUUCCAGAAAGGACUUUGGGAUCCUAGUAAGGGUGGUUUAGACUUUGCUCGAGCGUUUGGGGAAGGUGCUACAGACAGACGAUAUAAAUGUGGACGUAAACUUCUGACAGAACUGUCUGCAAGUGGAGGGUUUCGAGAGAAAGAUAUGUUUACAAUAUUACGUGAUGUGGACAGCGGCAUCUGCAUGUCUUCUGGAUUUUUUGUCUCCACUGGUAGUCAGGUUUCUGUGCUGACACCACCUGAUACACAUUUACCUUGUUGUCACUGGUUCACGGCAACUCCUAACCCGAGGAAUUCCAUGUUUAAACCCUUUAUAUUUUGUCCGGAUCCUGUUAUUUCAGAAGAUAUUACUUCCCCCACUUUCCCUUUAAGUGAAGACCCUGCAAAGAAUGAUAUUGAUAAACUGGAAGCAGAAUAUGUUGAAAUGGUGGAGAAGCUUCUCUCUGGUAUUAGUCCAGAAAAUAGUAUCAAAGUGAAGGACAUUUUAAAGAAAGCUGUGGAUAGUGAAAUAAGAAUUUAUAGCUCAUUUCUGGAAAUGUAGUGUAUAUUUUUCAAUACUUGAGUUUAAUAUCUUGUGAUUAGGAAGAAAAUAAAUGUGAUAAGAGAAUAAUUAGGGAAGAAAACUUUUGGGGGAUUUUUUGUAAACUUUUCAAUGUUGGCUGAUAAAGAGGGUUUUGGGGGGAAUGGGGGGGGGGUUAAUAUCUUGUGAUUAGGAAGAAAAUAAAUGCGACAAGAGAAUAAUUAGGGAAGAGAACUUUUGGGGGAUAUUUUUUAAACUUUUCAAUGUUGGCCGUUGAAGAGGGUUUUUUUGGGGGAAUGGGGGGUUAAUAUCUCAUUGCCAAUAACACAAUCAAAAAUAAAACAUGCUCAAAGUUGAGCUUUUAUAAAAUAAGUGCCACCAUAUUUCACUCCCUCCCAACAAGGACAUAAUCUCCAUGCUUUAAUGUAUCGUGUUCAACUCCUCCAGUUUUUGACUGUUCAGAAUCUAGUUAAAAUAUUUUCCCAAUCUUAAAAACAAUGGUGUGUUUACAGCUUGGAUUUUUCCUGAGAAAAAAAUCCUUUAAAAUGUA